CAAACAAACACAAAGAAACCGGAGAAAACACCGACCCCUUUAUUCCUGUUUUCUCUUUCGCUCUGAGUACGGACUGAGAAAACCCUAAUUUUCAGAGUUGCAGACCUCCCAAAGUCCUGUUCUGUUCUAAAUGUGCAUUAAAACCUUUCCCUCUGCCAACCUUUUAAUGCUGCUCUGUUUCUUCGGUAUCUGAUUCCAAUUCGUUCCUCCUGGUCUUCGUUUUCCUCUCAGCGGGCGAAUCCGAUUCGAACUUUUUUAUCUGAUCUCGUUCAAACUUCAAAAACGUUGAUUUUUUCUCUCCUAUAAGAGAGAAAGAGGUGGUAAUUUUGGUUUCAGAACCAUAAGAUGUUCGAGUUUAAUCGGAGAUCGGAGGGUGAGUUGAGUUUGGAAACCAGGAAUUCGAGUCAGAGUUCGAUGAGUGGCGAGAGUUGUAGUAGCUUCACUCGGCUCUCUUUCGAGCUUCCGAUGUCGCAGCCUUCGCUGGAGAAUCUCGCUCUUAAGCCGCAUCGCUCGUCCGAUGUCGCGUACUCCGCUAUCUACUCCGCUAUCCGCUCCGCAACCUUCGGACGCAAGACAGGGCUGACUCUCCGAGAUUUCAGGCUGCACCGCCGAAUCGGUGCCGGAGAUAUCGGAACAGUCUACCUCUGUUCGCUCGUGAAUGGUGAUGAGAAAUGCUGUUACGCGAUGAAGGUGGUGGACAAGGAGGCUCUAGAAUUGAAAAAGAAAGUGCAGCGGGCGGAAAUGGAGAGGAAAAUCUUGAAGAUGCUGGAUCAUCCGUUUUUGCCUACUCUGUACGCAGAGUUUGAGGCUUCGCAUUUCUCCUGUAUCGUGAUGGAGUACUGUUCCGGUGGCGAUUUGCAUUCUCUCAGGCACAGACAGCCUCACAAACGCUUCUCUUUGGGUUCAGCAAGGUUUUACGCAGCUGAGGUUUUAGUAGCUCUGGAGUACCUUCACAUGCUGGGAAUCAUUUACAGAGAUUUAAAACCGGAGAAUGUUUUAGUAAGAUCGGACGGUCAUAUCAUGCUCUCGGACUUCGACCUCUCUCUCUGUUCUGAUGCCAUCGCCGCCGUUGAAUCCCCAUCAUCCUCUCCUGAUGCGGCGUCUGUAGCGAAGCAUGGGAGCACCCGCCCUCAUCCUACACGGCUCUGGGGGCUACUCCACCGGGUCUUCCGGUCAAAGAAGAUACAGACUGUGUCCUCCAACCGGUUAUUUUUCGUGGCCGAGCCGACCACCGCCAGGUCAUGCUCAUUCGUAGGGACGCACGAGUACGUGUCACCUGAGGUGGCAUCCGGUGGGUCCCACGGGAACGCGGUCGACUGGUGGUCUUUUGGGAUCUUCCUCUAUGAACUCAUCUACGGCCGUACUCCUUUCGCCGCUCCAUCCAAGGAAGCUACGCUGCGACACAUUGUGAAAAAGCCACUGACUUUCCCUACUCAAUCGCCUGAUUCCAUGCUCGAGCACCACGCGCGGGACCUGAUUUCGGGUCUCUUGAACAAGGAGCCGAACAGUCGCCUCGGUUCCAAGCGGGGUGCUGCCGACGUCAAAACCCACCCGUUUUUCAAAGGCCUGAAUUUCGCCCUAAUACGGUCGCUGAGGCCACCGAUGAUUCCGGUCUUACGGAGGGCGAAGACGACGCCGGCGUGUCAUCACAAAGAAUCAACGGCGUUCGAUUACUUUUGACAAGCUUUUGACAAGCUUUGGACAAGCUUUGGACAAGGGUCGGCGCCACGUGUUUACGAGUUAUCGCCAGUUUUUAUCACCGGCGGUGACAGAUGUGAAUAUUCGAGCUGUGUCCUUUUUCUUAAAAAAAUAAUUUUGGAAUAAUUUAUUAUGAGUAAGGUUGACUUUAGAGGAAAGAUAUGCAUACGUAAAUGACGUAAAUAUUUCUCAUGGAAUGGAAUUGAAUGCUACAAAAAUACAGUACUAUUUUACUG